AUGGAAGAAUAUCAAAACCUUGGUCACAUGAUUGAGGUAAAAGAUCCAAAUAUCGAUGAACCUCAUUAUUACAUUCCGCAUCAUUGCGUAUUGAAGCCAUCCAGCACCUCGACGAAAUUAAGAGUCGUAUUCGACGCAUCAUGUCGAACCUCUUCUCAGAAAUCUCUCAAUGAUAUUUUGAUGAUUGAACCCACUCUGCAAACUGAAUUGUUCAUCCUCUUGUUACGUUUUCGCUUAUUUCGAUUCGCUCUUACUGCUGACAUAGUGAAGAUGUAUAGGCAAAUUCUGAUUGAUCCUGAAGAUAGAAAAUUUCAGUACAUUCUUUGGAGAAGUUCACCAUCUACCAAUAUUCGUACUUUCCAGCUCAACACAGUUACAUAUGGAACAGCUGCUGCACCAUACCUUGCCAUUCGUUGCCUAUUGUAUAUAGCGCAUCAAUAUGUGGAUCAAUUCAAGAUUGCAGCUGAAGUAAUCAAAUCUUCGUUUUAUGUUGAUGACUUAUUGCAUGGUGCAGAUUCUCUUUCUGAGUUACAUCAAAUAAGAUACGAAUUGGAAGAGCUUCUAAAACAGGGAGGUUUCGAAUUAGCUAAAUGGCACUCAAAUCAUCAAGCUUUUAGAGAUGACACUACUAUCAAAGAUCUCAAUAUUGGUUCGGAUGUUAUUACCAGCACAUUGGGACUGAAAUGGGAUCAAGAUAAGGAUGUAUUUAUUCCUUCAUUUAAUGUUAAACCAAAUUCUAUCAGCCGCAUCACAAAAAGAACUAUUUUAUCAAUUGCGUCGUCACUAUUCGACACAUUAGGACUAUUAGCUCCAAUAACCAUAUCAACUAAAAUAUUAUUGCAAGAGCUAUGGCUGCUUAAAUUGGAUUGGGACGAAUCCAUUCCUCAAAAUUUACAUUCAGCAUGGGAAAGGCUUUGUCACGAUUUGUCAUCAUUGAACACCAUUACCAUUCCAAGGUACUGUCUAAAACCAAAAGCAAAAACAAUUCAGCUCCAUGGGUUCUGCGAUGCAUCGAUUCGCGCAUAUGGUUGCAGCAUUUACAUUCGCGUCACAGAUGAUUCCAACCUCAUAGAGGUUCAACUAUUCGUAGCCAAAUCUAGAGUAGCUCCGCUAAAAAAACAAUCGCUUCCAAAAUUAGAACUUUGUGGAGCACUGCUACUUGCAAGACUUUACAACAAAAUUAAAUCGCUCUUCGAAAAGUUUGAUACGGACGUCUAUCUAUGGUCUGAUUCCCAAAUCGUAUUACAUUGGCUCAAAAUGCAUUCGGCCACACUGUCUGCCUUCGUAGGUAAUAGAGUUUCUGAGAUUCAAGACCUCACCGCAGGUUCACAUUGGAGAUAUGUCCACACAAAUUGUAAUCCAGCAGACAUUGUGUCAAGAGGCAGCACUGUUAAGGAUCUCACUAAUUCUAUUUGGUUUAAAGGACCUUCAUUUCUUCGUCAAGAGAUGUAUAAGUGGCCUGCAAACAAGAACGACAACUUGGAUUUUGAAGAAGUCAAUAACGAAAAGAAACGAAAAGCAGCAUUCAAGGUAACUGUAUCAACCAAUUAUGUCAUAGAUAUUAUUGAUAAGUAUAGCUCACAUACAACGGCUGUUCGUGUACUGGCUUGGUUGUUUCGUUGGUAUCAUCAUUAUAAGAAGAAGUUCAACCGCAAUGUCUUUACAGAAGUCCUUACUCAUGAAGAAUUAGACUACGCCUUCCGAUGCAUCAUUUCAAAUAUACAAGCUCAGUACUUUGCUGAAGAUAUUUAUUUAUUGAAUCGAGGAUCUAUAACAAAAGGUUCAUUAAAAUACCUCAACCCAUUUAUUGAAGAUACCGGUGGGUAUAAGCUGAUAAAGGUUGGUGCACGAUUAGAAUUGGCUGAUCUUGCAAAAGAACGUAAACAUCCUAUCCUGCUGCCUAGCAAAUCUGAAUUCGUCAUACGUUAUGUUCGUUACUUGCAUCGUAAGAAUUAUCAUGCUGGACCUAAGGCACUAGUGGCACUCAUUCGUUUAGAGUUUUGGAUUAUAAACGCCAGAGAGGUUGCUCGAAGAGUAGUCAGACAAUGUGUUCACUGCGUGCAUUAUAAGCCAAAACUAUUGCAACAGAUGAUGGGGAAUUUACCGGUAGAACGUCUCACACCGUCACGGCCGUUUGCGCGCUGUGGUAUAGAUUUUUGUGGACCAUUCAACACGUAUUUACGUAUAAGAGGGAAGCCUCCAUACAAAACUUAUGUCGCCAUUUUUAUUUGUAUGGCAACAAAAGCAGUACACAUCGAAGUUGUAUCAAGUUUGUCAACAGACGCGUUCAUUGCAGCAUUAAAAAGAAUGAUUGGCAGGAGAGGCUUACCAAGUGAUAUAUUUUGCGAUAACGCAACCAAUUUUGUUGGGGCUUCGAAUCAAUUGACAGAACUAAAGUCAUUCUUGCUUAAUAAAAUAACCCAAUCGUCUAUCAUUCAGUACUGCGCGUCUGAAUUCAUUAAUUUUCACUUUAUUCCGCCUAGGGCACCUCAUUUUGGCGGUCUUUGGGAGGCUGCAGUUAAAUCCGCAAAAGGGCACUUAUAUAGAAGUUUGGUGACUACUAAGUUAACAUUUGAGGAGCUGUCAACAGUAACAACCGAGAUAGAAGCUAUUCUUAACUCUCGACCAUUGACACCACUUUCGCCGGAUCCUAGCGACUACGAAGCAUUGACUCCUGCCCAUUUUUUGAUUGGGUGCUCUCUAAAGGCGUUACCGGAGCGGACGGAAUUUGCUAAAACUAACAUGCUCGACAAGUGGUCCCUCAUCAUCGGUUUGAAACAAUCAUUUUGGAAGCGGUGGUCUCAUGAAUACAUAAAUGAGCUACAGAUGCGCACAAAAUGGACCUGUGAAAUACCAAAUAUCAUGCCCAAUGCAAUGGUGUUAAUUCAUGAAGACAAUGUGCCUCCACUACAUUGGCAACUCGGAAGAGUUCUGAAGGUCAUACCAGGCAAGGACGAGCAUGUCAGAGUAGUUGACGUACGUACCUCAAAGGGCAUCAUUCGCAGACCUAUCCACAAACUAGCCAUUUUACCUAUUGAAAGUUCUUUCAAGGAGGCCGGGAUGUUGGGUAGCAAUACAAAGUAA